AUGAUCGCGAAGUAUCUGGACGAGGUGCUUGACCGGCGAUUUACGGAUCUCUGCGACAUCCAGUACCAUGCCUUUGCCUUAUCGGAAGAGACCGUUCCGCUGGCGCAAGGGUGCAAUGCGCUCCAAGCCCUGCCCAAGGGCGUUCGCGCCGUGCUCCUGCGCGGCGCAGGCUUCAAAUCACAUCGAUCGUGCUUCGGCCGAAAGCCUGGGGUUGUGGCCAACGUCCCCCGCCCUUAUUCUCCAGAGGCCCUCCAUCGCGUGUACAACCGCGUGCGCGAGGGGGAAAUUCUAACAUCGAGGGCCGGGCAUGCCUCUGCAUGGCCCGGCGGUGAGGAUGCGUCGGGGCUGGCCGGAUUGGCGGCACGGAUCUUUCACGGCUGCCGGCUGGCAUAUGAUCUGUUCGAGCUGAAUCCUAUCAAUUGGCUGGACGUCUUGCUGCGAGAAGGCCACAUUAUCAGUUCGCAUCGUCCGCUGACCGGUGGCACGCGCCAGAUCAUCAACCCGACUAUGCUCGCAUGCAGCCCGGCGGUAGUGCUGGUCAUUAUCUCGCGAGGAGGAUUGACCGACUGCUGGCUGUAG